CUUUCACGUUUGCAUACAAGGCCACACCUUUCAAAAGGAAACACGUUAAUACUCGAUUCAUUUAUCGUGAUUUUAAAGUUUCUUCAGUCUCAUAGAUGGUUUAAUAAUUCUUCCAAGAUGACAGAAAAUCGCCGUUUAAAUGUUGUAGUACUUGGGGAAAUGGGUGUAGGAAAAUCAUCUUUGCUGGUACGCUUCGCAAAAAGGAUAUACAAUCCACAUACCCCCACAACUGUCGUUGCGGACGUUCUUCAAGCCAAAAUAAAUAUCGAUAAAAGACUUGUGGACCUCAUUCUCUGGGAUACAGCUGGUCAGGAGCAGUUCAGAGCCAUUGUCAGAAAUUACUUCCGAAAAGCCGAUGGUGUGCUGCUAGUGUAUGAUGUAACCAGGCUCGCCUCCUUUACUGAACUUCCUAAAUGGUUAUCUGAUUUAAGAAAUGAAAAUGAUACGGCUCCUGUUAUAAUUGUUGGUACCAAGAUUGAUAAAGCAGACAGUAAAGAAAAAGUUUCAGUAGAAAGAGUAAAGGAAUUCGCAAAUAGGCAUAAACUGGAUUUCAUGGAAGCAAGUUCUAAAUCCGGUGAGAACGUUGACAAGAUAUUUGAAAAAUUAACUCGAAAGAUGCUGAAGUCGAUUGCCUCUGCCAAGUCUGAAACUGCAAGUUCAGAAGUUGAUACGUUUGUGAAUGGAACAGUACAUUCGUCAAGAAGUGUCCAUGAAGAUGACGCAAGAAUUACGUUACACGAAACAAAACCAUUGGAAAAACCCAAGAAAAGACGCUGCUAAUGAAUAAUGUCUCUGGUCAAAUCAAAAAUAUUAUUAUUACUAAUACUUCAUGAUGUUUUUGCACUUAUUAAUGAAACAUUUGCAUUUGCACUGGAGCUUCAAAGCCGAAUUAUUCUAGGUAGCUCUUUUCAAGAAUUUAUUUUAAGCCUAAAUUAUUUUUUAAAUUCUGAGAAUACAAACAUGAAUCAUAUGAUUUUCUCUCUGUCAAAUAGGUGCCUUUUUUCAUUCACCCUCUUCAGUUAAAUUGUUUCCUAACUUUUUUUUUGUUGUUAUUUAUAUAUUUAUCAUUGUGCAUUUUUUGUUGUUAUUUCACUAAGAGAAAUAUCUAUCAAAGGCCGUCUUUGUUAGUGUGCAUAGAUUUUUCUUAAUCAUUACUGUUCAUGCAGAAACCUUCCGCGACUUUUCGCAUGCGAUAGGAGGUGUUUAUUUCGUCAAAAUAGAUAAGAGGAAAUAUGAAAAGAAGAGACGUUUACAUUUAGCAAUAAGACGAACUCUGAUUAUUUGCAGAAUUAGGAGGAGUAAUAACCGCUCAUCUUUCAGCGCACCACCCCUUAGUGAAGUCGAAAUCAUCGGAAAGUGCUACUCUUUUGAUCCUAAAACGAACAGUAUGAGUCAUUAUUUUAUUUUGAACUGUGCUUAAAUAACCUUCAUAAGAAUGUGCCAUUAGCUAAUAAAUGGAAAACCUUGGAACUAGUGAUGUGCCAGCGUGACUAUCAAACUAGAAUUUAUUGGAAUCAUUUUUUAUAUUUUUGAUUAACAUUUUAUGAACAGCAUUUUAAAAUUAUAAAUGGUUAAACCAAUAUCUGCUGUCAUCGUUUUUGUAUCACUUAAGUAUCACUUUUAGUAUUAUGUUAAAACGAAAGUUUUUAUUUUUAGUAAUUUUUUUAAAAUAAAUGCUGUCGAUUGCAGUAAGAUAUAUUUAUUAAACAUAAAAUACAAAAUUUAGAAAAAUUAUUAUCUUUUAAUAAUUUAAUACUCGAUUGGAGAAGAUAAUUUGUAAAGACAAAUUAAAAUACAGUGAUAGCCCCAAAUUCUUUGAUUAUGCUUUAGUGCUUUGGUUCUUGAUCUUCAAACAUGAAUAUAUUUUUUAAGUUUCAAAGAAGAAAAAAAAUUGCAAAAAUAUUUAUGAUGGAACAGUGUUGGAUUAUACAAGUACUUUGAAUAUAUAAAUGACAUGAAAUUAUAAAAUUGCAAAGAAUGAGAUAGAUAAUGUGAUAUGUCUUCCUUUUUGAAAUUAUAACAUUGUUUUUAGAAGUGUGUGUGUGUGUGUGUGUGUGUGUGUGUGUGUGUGUGUGUGUGUGUGUGUGUGUGUGUGUGUGUGUGUGUGCGUGUGUGUGUGUGUGUGUGUGUGUGUGUGUGUGUGUGUGUGUGUGUGUGUGUUUUGCAACUUUUUAAAAAUAACAAACAAAGAAAAUAAACCAUACGAAUCUCUCCUUUGAAGGCUGACACUUUGAAGGUCAAGACUCUAUUGAAGGCCAUUCUUUUCUCCCCUCUGAAGGCUGACACUCAUUCUCCCCCUUGUUUAUAUGAUGCCAUUUUUCUUGGCUGAAAGAUUACUCCAAGCGAUCUCUCAGUCAACCAUCACUGGCAGAUUACAAUAUUUACAAACCAGAUGAACUUAUUCCUUCAAAAAUAUUUCUUAUAAAGCAAGUGAGGAAAACCAAAAAUAUUUAAAAUUGGAUAGAUUGGGUUUGUCAUUGGUAUUGUGCAUUUUCUUUCACUUCAUCAAAUGUUUGUUGAAACUAGGAGUUUUAUCUUCUACAAUUAGUUAUAAAAAAUUAUUAUACAGUUAUUUAUUCAUGUCUUAAAAAAAUGCAAUGAAUUACAUUUUAAAAAUGUAUAAAAAUGAAUU